GUUUGUCAGUCGGUGAACCGGAAGUAAUCGAACGUCGCUGUUUGUUGCUGCAGCGCGCGUCAGAAACGGGAAAGAUGCCUUUGCCCGUGCAAGUCUUCAACUUUCAGGGGGCCGUUGAGCCCAUGCAGAUAGAUGCAGACCCGCAGGAAGACCAGCAGAACGCCCCAGACGCCAACUACGUGGUGGAGAAUCCAACAUUGGACCUGGAGCAGUAUGCGUCCAGCUACAGCGGCCUGAUGAGGAUCGAGAGGCUGCAGUUCAUCGCGGAGCACUGUCCCCAACUGAGGGCCGAGGCCCUGAAGAUGGCGCUGUCCUUUGUCCAGAGGACCUUCAACGUGGACGUGUACGAGGAGAUCCACCGCAAGCUCUCCGAGGCCACACGAGAGGUCCAGGGGCCCCCGGAUGCUGUGGCAGAGGCGGGGGGGGCAGACCCCCCUCCCCUGGACACCGCAUGGGCAGAGUCUACGAGGAAAAAGGCCCUGCUCAAACUGGAGAAGCUUGACACGGACCUCAAGAACUACAAAGGCAACUCCAUCAAAGAGAGCAUCAGACGGGGUCAUGAUGACCUGGGAGACCACUACCUAGACUGUGGUGACCUCAGCAACGCCCUCAAGUGCUACUCCCGCGCCCGAGACUACUGUACCAGCGCCAAGCAUGUCAUCAACAUGUGUCUUAAUGUCAUCAAGGUCAGUGUCUACCUCCAGAACUGGUCCCAUGUUCUCAGUUACGUCAGUAAAGCAGAGUCCACUCCAGAGAUAGCAGAGCAACGAGGGGAGAGGGAUUGUCAGAGUCAAGCCGUCCUCACCAAAUUAAAAUGUGCAGCAGGUCUAGCUGAGCUGGCCUCCAGGAAGUAUAAACAAGCAGCCAAGUGUUUCCUGCUGGCCUCCUUCGACCACUGUGACUUCCCGGAGCUCUUGUCCCCCAGUAACGUAGCUGUGUAUGGAGGGAUGUGUGCUCUAGCCACCUUCGACAGGCAGGAGCUCCAGAAGAAUGUCAUCUCCAGCAGCUCCUUCAAACUCUUCCUAGAGUUGGAACCCCAGGUUAGGGACAUCAUCUUCAAGUUCUAUGAGUCUAAGUACGCUUCCUGUCUCAAAAUGCUGGACGAAAUCAAAGACAACCUGCUGUUGGAUAUGUACUUGGCCCCUCAUGUACGGACCCUCUACACACAGAUUAGAAACAGAGCCCUCAUACAGUAUUUCAGCCCAUACGUGUCAGCAGACAUGACCAAGAUGGCCCAGGCGUUCAACACCAGCGUUGCAGCCCUGGAAGAUGAGCUCACCCAGCUCAUACUGGAGGGGCUCAUCAACGCACGCAUCGACUCCCACAGCAAGAUCCUGUAUGCGCGUGAUGUGGACCAGAGGAGCACCACGUUUGAGAAGUCCAUCCACAUGGGCAAGGAGUUCCAGAGACGAGCCAAAGCCAUGAUCCUGCGUGCCGCCGUGCUCAGAAACCAGAUACACGUCAAGUCACCCCCCAGAGAGGGCAGCCAAGGGGAGCUCAACUCAGCCAACAGCCAAUCGCGAAUGAGCACCAAUAUGUGAACCCAUCAUGCCUCAGCCAGGAAGUGACACGUCUGCUCGACAGUCCCAAGGGGACAGAAUACCCCCCCCCCACACACACACACACACACACACGUACACACACCUCUAACCAGUCCAACCAUCAAGGAGGAUCACCUUCCGCCGCAUAAACUACCCCCCCACCACCCCUUCCCCGCUGAAAAUGUCAUGAAGAGAGGAGAAGAAAGCAGAGGCAUUCACACCAUUAGGACCUAUAGGGAAGACAUGGUGGCAGUCUGUGUGUAGACUAAAGACUCUUCGUUUAAAGAUCUGAUUGUGUUGCUGUAAUUGGGGAGUGUGUUGCUUGUUUGUUUUGUGUGUGUGUGGGUGUUCAUGCGUGUGGUUGUGCAUGUGUAAAGAGCAGCGCUCGGGUUGUGUUGCUGUAAUCGGGGAGUGUUGUGUGUGUGUGCGAGUGUGUGUGUGUGUGUGUGUAUAUAUAAAGAGCAGUGCUCAGGCGCUUCACAGUACUGUCCUCCUCUUUGUAUAAGAUGCACUUUUCUUUCUCUUACGUGUCUCACUCUCUCGCUCGCCCUCUCCUUCUCUUGAUGACAGACUUUGAAUGCACCCAUCGAGAAGUCUGCUGAGCCUCAGAACCGAUGUCCACAAGAUCUGAUUUUAAAAUAAAUGUGUAUGAAAA